AAAAUAUCAAUCAAUCAAUGUCUCCACCAACUUCUGGAAAAAAAGAGUCUGGCCUUGCUCGUCUAAUAGGUUCAGGGACCUCAGGGUUACUUGAACUAUUCAUAUUUCACCCUGUUGAUACGGUAGCGAAACGUUUAAUGACCAAUCCGACAAAAGUUUUUGUUCCCGGUGCACCAAUAUCCCAAGGAUUUAGUAAUCUCGAUAAAGUUAUAUUCAAGGAUGCGUAUACCUCGUCUGUGAUACGAAAGUAUGCUUCACUAUUUCCGGGGUUGGGAUAUGCUGGAGGUUAUAAAGUUCUUCAACGCAUAUAUAAAUACGGAGGCCAACCAUAUGUAAAGGAUUAUCUGACCGUUCAUCACAAGGAUGCUUUUUAUAAAAUAUUUGGUGAGAAGAGUGGGAAAACCAUGAUACAUGCUACAGCUGGCAGUUUGAUUGGAGUUGGAGAGGUGGCGCUUCUCCCGUUAGAUGUCCUAAAGAUUAAACGUCAAACGAAUCCGGAAACUCUAAGGGGGCGAAAUAUUUUCCGAAUUGUCUAUGACGAAGGAUUUGGACUUUACAGGGGAGGCCUUUGGACGGCUGCGCGUAAUGCGCCAGGCAGUUUUGCAUUGUUUGGUGGUUCGGCUUUUGUUAAGGAGUAUGUUUUUGGCCUCAGCGAUUAUUCCAAGGCCACCUUCUUACAAAACUUUUGCGCGUCAGUUGGCGGGGCCAUAGCUUCAAUCACCGUAGCUCAACCACUUGAUAUCGUCAAAACUCGCAUUCAAAACAGACCGUUCGAGUCGCCCGAGGGCGGAUUGCAAAUCAUUCGUAAGAUGGUUAGAAUAGAAGGAACUUCUUCAACUUCACCUCCUUCGAGUUCAAAUUCAAAUGGCAUCGCAGACUUCACCGACGCCGACCCACCACCCACAUCGGGAACAGAUAGCAUAAUGGUCAUAACAUCUUAUUAUCCAACUACCUAUAUUUCAGAAACCACCUAUAUUUCACAAACCACCUAUAUUUCACAAGCCACCUAUAUUUCAUCGGUCACCUACACACAGAUAGCAACAGUCUUUCCCGGGCAAGAACAGGACGCAAGCGUAAACGGAGGCGGUACAUCACAGACCGUUGUACUGACAACGGUUAUAUUGAGUUCGAUAGGAUUGGUGUUUGUUUUAAGCAUGGUGAUAUUGUGGUGGCUUAGAAGGGGAGGAGGUAAAAUAGGGGAUACGAGUAAUAUGCGAGAAUUAGAGGAUGACAGUACGUUUGGAUCAGAAGAUCCAAAUGACGAACAAUUGCCUAGUUACGCAGAAGCUGUUGUCAGGGGAAGAACCAGCGUGCAUGAAUAA